GUUUUGUACUUAUCAGUGUGAAAUCGAUGGAUUUUUGUUUUAUAUUCAUGUAGAGAAAAUCAUUAUAUAUCUAAUUAGAAAGCAGUGAAAUAAAAAAAUUAAUCAAAGCAUCAUUCGUUGACAUUCACAGCUUAACUAUUUAUUCAUCUACAGAUCCUAUAAGUGAAAGAAUGGAAUUAGCUGAGUUUUAACUCAAGCCUUCCAGUCGUUUAUCUGAUACUGGAGCAUGCGUAUUGUUCCUUCCAUUAUAUUCUUACAUUACCACGAAUUUAUAGUCCAGUAGUUAUUGUGUAAAUAUGAACGAUCUAGGAUUAGAACAACAGGAGUAUAGUGCCAAGUGGGAUUUAGUCCAGUUCUUCUUUUUGGCAACGUACACAGUUGGUCUCCAUGGGACUACAUCGCUCCCGUUCUACAUUCAGAAAUACACAGUUCUUUUCUUAGUGGCGUAUUAUGUAUUGCUGAUCCUGAUAUGCAUUCCGAUAUGUUACCUUCAAAUAAAGCUUGGAGCUAUCUACAGACACGGAAUAGUUGGGAUCUUCAGCAAUUUGAUCCCAGUUUUAAAAGGAGGCGCUGUGGCUCUUCUGGUAAUGACAUUUAUACGAUGUUUAACAUCAGGAUUGGAACUGAGUUACAGCCUUUACUUUUCCUUUGUCUCCUUCGACAGUUUUAGAAGUGGCAACACCAGUGUUGUUAGACCAACAGAAUAUGGAGAUGUUAACAGAUAUUUCCACGAGAAGUUUUUGCAGAGAUCAGAUGGUAUUGCUGAGCCUGGUCACUUGGUAUGGUAUCUUCUGCUCUGUCUGUUAGCCACGUGGAUAGUCAUCUACUUGCUGACAUUUAAAGGAACAGCUGUAUUUGCAAAGUCUGUAUACGGUCUGACAACAACAGCCUUUAUCUUGUUGCUGGUAGUUCUGGUAUAUGGAAGAUUGAAAGACAACUUGAUCAGUUAUUCCCGCCAUUACGUUGUGACUGGAGAAAAUGAAAUAACUGAAAUCCAAGACGUCAGGACAGUAUCAGUUGUUCAUCUGGGAUCACCAGAAUUAUGGGUUGAUGCACUUCUGCUGCACAUGAAUAGUAUUGGUUUGUGGUCCGGUGUACUACCACUUUUAGGAACCAGAAUUUAUAACAAGAAAGUGGUUGUCAAUUCGGCCGUUGCUUUACUUAUCAUUGCAUACAGUAUAUUCCCAGUGGUAACAUAUCUUGCAUUGGAACCAUAUUACGAUAUGAGUUGGGAUGAAGGAUUUAUUGCUUUACAGAGAGGUAUCAAACCAGGGUUAUCAUACCUGUUUCUUGGCGUGUUUUCUACUGUUCGACAUCAUCCAGUUAUAGCAUUAUGUUUGUUUAUGUUUUGUUUUCUGUUCGGGAUGAUUCACCAGGUUAUCCAUCUGUGUGUUAUUUGGGAGUCAUUGCUUCCAUCUCUUCCCAAGAUGAUCAUGAAGAGGAUCAGAAGACGCGAGUAUCUUAUUGGCAUUGCGUGUUUCUCAUCGUUUCUGCUUAGUGUUCCGUUUAUAACGCAAGGUGGACUGUUUGUUUACAUGCUUGUUAACAGUUACGUAGAUAGACUGGUGUUUACCCUGAUUAUCGUUAGUACAGUGCCAAUUAUUACAGGAUAUUUGAAGCAAGAAUCCCUCUAUCUACCGGUUGAACGUGUUUUUAUGAGUGCCUGGUAUGGCCUAGCUUCUUUGAUUCCUGCUGGAAUGCUUAUCUACUACUUUGCUCUAAAUGUGUACCCAUACUCUAUAUUUGGAUAUGACGAACAAUGGGCAGAAAAGAUUGGAUGGGUCAUUUCAAUCUCUCCGAUUACCUGUUGUAUGAUCCUUGGGGCAGUCCAUGCCAUUUGUAAAGGGAAAGGAAAUUUCAAGCAGAAAUGUAUUCAAGCGUUGAAGGCAGAUAGUUUAAAUGCCACCGACAGUUAUACAGAAGAGAACUCAGAAACGAACAAUACCGGCUUUGCGUCGUCUAAAUCGCCGAGUAAUUCAGUCAUGGGAAACAAAAACGACCCUGAAACAAAUGUUUCACAAGCAGAGAAAGCGGAGACUGAAAUUGUCAUGCGGCCUCCAGAAUUCACGGAAGUUGUCAAAGUUUGACAGAGAUAAUUGCGUAAUUUCAAAGUUUACUGUAUGAAGUUGGAGCUUUCCUACUUAUCAUUGAGAACAGCUUUGACAAUCGGAACCGGUUGUGAAUUUAAAUAUCAAUUGCUAUUACUUGUAUUUGUGAAAUUGUUAUUUCUUAUCAUAAAUGACGUUUUUCAUUUAAAAAAAAGAUACAUAUAAUAUUGAUGAUAAUUACAGAUCCAGAGGUGAAAUAUCUAUAAAUAUUUGUGAAAUAUCAAAUGUCAUGGCCGAAUAUUAAUAGAGCAGCACCUGUAUUUAGAAACUUUCAUUGAUUGUUAAAACAAUCCCUAUAACUUUCUUAUAAUAAUGUCGGGAAUACAUAACAUAAUACAUGAUUAUUAACUGUAUUAUUAUUGUAAAAGUAUCGUAUCAGAUCAUAAACCAGUAAAUUAU